GGUGCCCGCUCCCGCCCAACACAUAAACCGCCCCCUCCAGCUGGCAGCGGUGUCACACAGUCGUCGCCCUCCAGGACCGCCGGCAUCAGUUUUCCUCCUACAGGAUGGGUCUCCUGCUGCUGCUCGCCUCCACGCUCCUGUGCGGCUGUAUCCAGUCUGGGAUUGUGGCGAACGAAGAUACAUCGUUCAAGAUCUCGUCUGUCACCCUGACCAUCGAGCCCGCAGAAGAGGUGCCUCGGAACACCAACGUGACUUUGAGGUGCCAGACCAAGGUCCUGACCUCGGGUAACUUGGCUUUAACUCGAAAAUACACCAUCUUCAAAGAAAACAGAAUAGUCCACACCAAGAUGACCGAGUCCUCUGAUGACGUCCUGUACCUGCUGCCCGAGGCUAGAGUUUCCAACAACGGCAAAUACGUGUGCCAGUUAACCAUCGAGGGUGAAACCUUGAGCAGCCAACCGAAAAAGCUCAAAGUGAUGGGUCUGUCGAAGCCGACUCUCCACCUUAAUAGGACUUACCUCACGGAGGGGGAUAUGGUAACGGCCACGUGUUUGGCACCUGGAGAGACCGGUGUCUUCGGGUUCUACUUCUAUGAUGACUCUGUGGAACUCGGUGAUGUUCAGACUGACUCCAAUCGUGCACAGUCCACACUGCACUUCACUACUUUGGGUCUCCACAGACUUCACUGUUUCUACACCGUCGAUAACAUGCCAGUCGACGUCAAAUCCGAGGAAAGCAACGAGGUCAUCGUCACAGUCAGAGGGCUUUCCAUCAAACCAGUUCUGGAGAUUUCCCCAGAGAACAACGUCUAUGAAGGAGAUCCUCUGAACAUAUCGUGCAGAGUCGAAACCUCAGGGCUCAACUCUGAAAAUAUUGAGGUCUACCUGAGCCAGGACGGCAACUCCCGAUGGCUAAGCAUGGGGAAGACGAACACCAAACACAGGAUGACGGCAACAGGCCCGCAGCUCACCUUUGAGUGCAUGAUGACUAUGGAGCAUUUGAAAAAAAGUGAAAGAAGGAAUGUGACCGUGAUUGAGCUGUUCUCCGCGCCCGUCCUGACAAUGUCCCCGGCUGAAGUCUUUGAAGACGAGCCCAUGACGCUGACCUGCAGAAGUGAAAAAGUCGCCUCGGAAAAGCUGAACAGAGCAGAGCUGAGCUACUACCUUUCUUCAAACCAAAGCUUCGCCUCCAAUGGAAGUGGGGUGUUUAAAGUCAAGGCCCUGAAAACAGACCACACAUGUAUCGCUCAAGCAAGGGGCAUCAGGAAAACCAGUAAAGCCCUCAAAGUUCAUCCUAAAGUUGCAGUUUCAGUUCCAAAAAUCUCACUCCAGAACAAGCCGAUCCUGGAGCAGCCCUUUCACGUCCUCUGUCAGUCGGCUGUGGGGAGUUUCCCCAUCACCUACAUCCUUUACAGUAACGCCACAAAACUGAAGGAAACCGUCGUCCAUCUGCCCAAUCAGACGGCUCUGUUCACAGUCGUCAUCUACAACGCCAAAGAACUGGGAAGCUACAAAUGUGAGGCACGAAACGGUGGAAAGAGGAUGCAGAGCGAGGAACUGGUGAUAAGCGCCAUAGUGCCUUUGAGCAGACCGACUCUGACUGUCCUCCCUGACCUGUCAGACAUCUCAGAGGGAGACCAGCUCAACCUCAUCUGCGCGGUGAACGGCACUCCUCCCGUCACCUUCAGGUGGUACCGUGAGGGGGACAAACAUCCCCUCCGCAUCACCACCUCUGCAGAGACGUUCAAGGAUUACGAAGUCGCCGUGGUUUCCAAGCAGCACAGCGGCUUGUACUACUGCGAGGCGGAGAACCGGGCCAGCAUCAUGGUCAGAAGCAACCCGGUUGACAUAGAUGUCCGCAUGGCGCUGUGGAAGAAAGCCAUGAUUGGGGGGAUCGUGUUCUUGUUCAUCCUGCUGGUGGUGACGGCCGGCUGUGUGCUGCACUACAAAUCCAAGAGAGGCAAACGAGAAAGAGCUCCUGAGUUGUCAGUAAAGCCUUCAAGCCCUAAAUCAGAUGACUCUCUAACAGUGACUCUAACUCACGGCACAGAGGUUUAUAAGUCAGCCUCAGACGCAGCGGCGUUCUUUGGUGACAAGGAGGGGAGAGCGACCAAUGGGGCGCGAGGUAGCUUGGCGUCGCUACCUGCUGACUUCAGCAACAGGAGCAGCUGCAGUAUUCCAGCAACAGUUUAGAGAGCGGACAUUGUGAAGGGCGGUCACUUUCUGUUUUUAGAGGAAAAAGGAAGCUCUAAGCAAAGACUUUUCAAGAGGAACUCAAGAGACACAAACGUUGUUGAUCGUGCAGAGCCGCUGCAGACUUUUUUUUGUUGGUUUUCAUGAGCAGAACCCACUGCUCCCUCUCCCCUCCUCUCACAGGCUUCUCUUUUUCUGGAAACUAGGGGUGUGUAUCGGGAAGAGUCUGGCGAUACGAUACCUCGAUAUUGAACCAAAACAUUUUUUUUUCAAGAAUUUGACUUAGAAAAACCUCUACCUGGAUAUGAAUAUGCCCUUCAUUGUGAUAAAAUGGUAAAAUUUGUUUUAUUUAAUGAUUUCAACGCUAAGCACUGCAGCAGUAUUUCAUGUACAAGUUGCUUUUACCCAAGCUAAUUCAUCGUGCUUUUAUUUUGGUAACUUAAAAUAUAUUUUUUUCCGAAAGGGAACAGUCAACAAAACAAAAUAGUUUUCAGUAAUAGAAAAAAAAUGAAUGUGCCUUAACCAACAAGGUUCUAAAAGUAUGAUUGAGGAAAUAGAUUGCUGUUUAUCCUCAACAUUGCUAAAUGUUCUCCAGUACUUUUAAACGGUUCACGUAAACACGGAUUUCACCGCUCAUUGACACGACGUUGGCCUUUUUUCAGAGCAUCGUUCACAUCACUCUGAUCCGUCAGGUCGCUGAACUAGAAUCUAUUGCUGUGAAGUUCUGCAGAACUGUGGCCCGCUUUGCCGACAGCAUUUAGUCUGAGGCUCCGUGCGUGACCCGCUGCACAGCGGCACUGCUUCGCUUGUUCUCAUCUGAGCGCGCUGCAAAGCACCGCAACCCACGUUUUUAUAUGAUACUGUCAGCAACAUGGCACAGAGUUCUGGUUCGGUACCCAUCCUGAGUAAAAACUAAGUGGUUCAUGUCUCAUAACAACAAAGCAGGCUGCUUUUUGCUGAGAUCUUGUAGAUGUUUUGUGCGGUGUAGAGCUGCUCAAAGAGGCACAGUGUGUUCUGCUGCCAUUUAGCGGUUGGUGGUUAAAGUGGAAAACGAGACAGACGCUCAUAAAUAGUUAAACAAAUAUCCUCCUGACAGCAUUUUAAAUCAAUACAAAUAUCGCCAGAUCGAUUUUUCCUUACACCCCUAGUGGAAACACAACAGCAUGUGUCUUUGUCAUGUCCACUCACUCACACGUUCUUCUUUGAUUGUUGUAUUUGCUUUGUGUAAAAUCUCCAUCUUCAUAGUCCGUCUGCUGAUCUUGAUCUGUACAUAUCUUUACUGGAAAUGUGUGUAUAUAUUUGUGGUUGUUUUCUGGUCUGAUUAGAGCAGAGGUUUCUAGAAUAAAGAUGCUGGAUUUUAUUUA